AUGUUUAAGUUCAUAGCAUUGUCGGCGUUGUUUGCCAUUUGUAGUGCAAGAGGUUAUGGCGGUUAUGGCGGUGGCAAUGGUGGUGGUUAUGGUGGAGGCUCCCACUCCAUUGAAUUGCCCGUUAAGUCUAAGCAUGACCUCGAAGUGAUUCCCAUUCACUCGGAACAGGAGGACCACUCAACCUAUGUUGACGUUCCCGGUGGUGUCCUUCCCGUAUAUUUGACAUUCAAGACCCAGUCAUCACCAGUAUAUGUGAAACAACAACAUCGUGGCACCAAGGGCAGUUAUCAAAAGUCAGAUUCACACGAUGAGCCACAUAAGCUCGUCCAUGAAGUGGUCAAACCCGUCAUUCAGGAGCUCCGAGAAAUCAUUACUCCGUACAGAAAGGUUGUCCAAGUUAUCCAACCCGUCAAAGAGGAAGUGCUCACUAAAGUACAUAAAGGAGAACGUGGAGGGUAUGGCGGUAAUGAUGGUGGAAAUGGCGGUUAUGGUGGUAAUGAUGGUGGCUAUGGAGGUAAAGAUGACGGCUAUCAAAUGGUCGAUUCAUACAAAAGUGAAAGCAAUGAUAAAUACGGCGGCGGAGCGUAUGGUGGUCUCAACAUUGACUACGGAAAAGGAUAUUAA